AUGGUGGAGAUUUCCUGGGUUGGCCUUGCUGCUUCAUCUGCAGUUAGGCAAAAUAGAAUUGAGAGAAAGAGCACUUUCAAGAAGAAAAAGCUACCCGGAAUACUCAUCGGCUCUGCAGUUUUUCUUGUCUGGUUUAUAAUUGGAUUGAUGUUGUAUAUACGAAAGAGGAAACUCAGAAAUCAAGGAGUCAGAAAAGAUUACCUUGGAGAAGACAGGGAAGACAUGGAGUUACCAUUAUUUGAUUUGUCCACCCUAGCUAAAGCCACUAAUGACUUUUCAAGCAGCAACAAGCUGGGAGAAGGUGGUUUUGGACCUGUGUACAAGGGUACAUUGAUAGGAGGGAAAAAAAUUGCAGUGAAAAGGCUUUCGAAGAAUUCCGGACAAGGAAUUAUAGAGUUCAAAAAUGAAGUUAUACUGAUAGCAAGACUUCAGCACCGCAAUCUUGUAAAGCUCUUGGGUUGUUGCGUUCAAGAAGAGGAAAAAAUCUUGAUAUAUGAAUUCAUGCCCAACAAAAGCUUGGACUUCUUUAUUUUUGAUCAAGAAGGACAAAAAUUGCUUGACUGGCCUAUGUGCUUCCACAUUAUUGGUGGAAUUGCUAGAGGGCUUCUUUAUCUUCACCAAGAUUCUAGAUUAAGGAUUAUCCACAGAGAUUUGAAAGCUAGCAAUAUCCUGCUUGAUACUGAUAUGAACCCUAAGAUUUCAGACUUCGGCCUCGCUAAAACAUUUGAAAGUGAUCAAAGUCGGGGUAAUACAAAAAGAGUGGUUGGAACGUAUGGUUACAUGUCUCCCGAAUAUGCAGUAGAUGGAAUUUUUUCAAUGAAAUCUGAUGUCUUUAGCUUUGGAGUUAUACUGCUAGAGAUGUUGAGUAGGAAGAAGAACAGGGGAUUUUCUCAUCCAGAUCACCACCUUAACCUUCUUGGACAUGCAUGGACACUAUGGAUUCAAGAUAAACAACUGGAAUUGAUAGAUAAGACGUUAUAUGAUUCGUGCACCAUAUCUGAAGUGUUAAGGUGUCUUCAUGUGGGGCUGUUAUGUGUGCAAAGAGUAGCAGAAGAUAGACCAAACAUGUCAUAUGUGGUUCUAAUGUUGAGCAGUGAUAUUACUUUGCCUCCACCAAAGCAGCCUGGCUUUUACACUGAACGAAGUGUCCCUGAAUCACCAUCAAGGAAGCGCCCGUUUUCAGCGAAUUAUUUCAGCACUACAGUGAUCGAGGCUCGGUAGAUUUUUGUUCUGGGUGCUUUGUUGAUGGUUCUGUCUGUCCUCACAGAAUGUGUUUGGCAGAUUGACUUGAUGCUUGUAGUCUUAGGUGGGAGACAAUGAUAUGAGACAUUAUCAUUAUUCAUGUUAUGCAAGAAAAAUGUGUUGAAUUAGAAGUUGGUUUGGAGCUUUGCUUUGCUUUGCCGUUCAUUUUCUUUUACUCUGUUCUACUCCCCCAAGGUAUGCUGUAAGUAAUGAUAUUUAACAACCAGAAAAUGUGUGAAUUGUGAAUAAUGUGUGAGACUU